GAUGAAGUUAUCUAAUUCUUAAAAAGUAGUAAGUGGGUUUAACCAUCACCAGAGUACUUCUUGUGGCGUUCCAAAAGACAUUACAGCAAUUGGUCCUUGCCAUGACUGGCAUGCAACGUCACCCGUCGUCCUCUUCGCCCCGAGACGCUUGACUGGAGCCUUUGGCGCCGCCCGGCUAUUUACGUACUAAUCGACUUGAGCCGGAAACCGGAAGUGGCGUCUUUGCGGGAGACCAAGUUGCAGGAAGAAGUUCGCAAGAAGUCAGGUUCAGCAUGGAGUCUGAAGAUGCUGUUGCUCCUGAAAAAUUAAUUGAGGAUUUGAAUCUCUCAGAAAAACAGAGCAGUCCUACACAUCAUGCAUAUAUCCCCAGAGUCGUUAAAGAAGGUGUGAGUCAGUUGUCUGAGGAUGAUGAUCUCUUCCAUGACUGCAGUGACUCUCUUGAAUCAAGAGUGGUGGAAGAGAAUCACAACAGUGAGACAGAUUCUUUAGAAAAUGAGGUGGAUCUAGAUGAAAAAGAAUUGCUGGAACUGGAAAAAAACAUGUCAGAGGAAGAAAAAGAGAAAAGAAGAAAUGAAAGUGCAACAUUAAAAGAAGAAGGAAAUAAACAGUUUAAAAAUGGAGAGUAUAAAGAAGCAGAAGAUUCAUAUGCAAAAGCCCUGCGGGUUUGUCCGGCCUCCUGUAACACAGAUAGAUCCAUUUUGUAUUCAAAUAGAGCUGCAGCAAGAAUGAAACAGGACAAGAAAGAAAUGGCUAUAAGUGACUGCAGCAAAGCUCUAGAGUUAAACCCAAACUAUAUCAAAGCACUGUUGAGAAGGGCAGAACUGUAUGAAAAAACAGAAAAACUAGAUGAAGCUUUAGAGGAUUACAAAAAUCUGUUGGAGAAAGAUCCAUCGGUAUAUCAAGCAAGGGAAGCUUGCAUGAGAUUGCCAAAAGAAAUAGAAGAACGUAAUGAAAAACUUAAGGCUGAGAUGUUAGGCAAGCUGAAGGAUCUUGGGAAUCUGGUUCUCCGUCCUUUUGGCUUAUCAACGGAAAACUUCCAAAUGAAGCAAGAUUCCUCAACUGGCUCCUACUCUAUCAACUUUGUUCAAAAUCCAAAUAAUAACAACCGAUAACACGAGCCCAAACUGCAUGUGGCAAAUGUUGGGCUUUGAGGCUUAACGGUGAUGUGGUUUCAGUGAAUGCAAAAAGGAUGAGUAAACAUUUAAUGCAUAAUGCCAUUCUUUAAACUGGGAGGAUUUGAACUGAGACCUAUACAUUGUGUGAGUGUGUGUGUGUGUGUGUGAGUGUGUGUGUCCGUGUGUGUGAUUCUUUCAAAAGAGGUGGGCAGAAGAGGACUGAUAUUUGACCUUCGCAGUGAUGUUUCAUGCACUUUGGGCACUCUGCAUCUUCCAUCUGAGGAGGGAUGUGGGUUAGAUUUGCAAGUUAGAAAAAUGUCACUACGUCUAAACCUGUAGCCAUAGUACAAUCAUUUCAUCAUUUGUGAAGUUUGUAAGUCUCUUUGAAGGGCAAAGAAGUAUUUCUUUGUUUAGAGAAUCUACUUUUACCUUACAGAUUAAUAAAUCAUUCAUGAUUCAAAGUAGCCAUUUCAGUGUUAAAUGUUGCAUAACAGCAUAAAUUUUGUUAAAUGAGAGAAAGUGGUUAUUAGUAACUACAUACUACACUAAGCUCCCCUCCCCAGGUGAUUUUAUUUUAUUUUAUGCUUUUUUUAGAAGACAUUGUUGGGCUUUUAAAUAUAUCUACAGUGGGACCUUGGGUCCUGGACGUCUCAGACCACGAACAAUUUGGGUGCUGACUGAAAAAUCCGCUCAAUGUUGCAUUCGGGUCACAAAUACAUCCUCGGUUGCCGAAUAAACACAUUUCCUCUGCCGUGGCGAUUUCCCCUGCUGAGCCAUUUUUUGUGUGUGCACGCAUGCACAGUCAGUCUUGCUUCUGGUCACAAACAAAUUGGGUGCCGACCGAAGUCCUGAAAUGGAUUGUGGUUGGUACCCGAGGUCCCACUGUAUUUAAUUAAUUUAUUUAUUUUGAAACAGCCUCCCCCCCCCCCCCAAAAUUGAGGGGGCAUCUGCUAAAACAAUUAAAAGUUCUUGAUCACCAAAAAUAUGUUAAUUUAUUUGCAACAUUCUCUGGUUAUAGAGCAAGUUCGCUAUUUCUGCUUGGACAUGCCUACUAAACCCUUACAUUUUAUCCGAUUGCUUUUCACAUAACGUGUCUUUUCUUGCAGAAGAUACAAGCUUGUAAUUUUUGUAAGUAUCAUAAAAAGUAUAUUAUGGUAUUUAAAUAUGCUUUUAUUAUAUUUUAUCUUUAAGGAAUGGUAUGCAAUUAUAUUAUUUGUACUAAACACCAUUAUUCACCAAUAGUGUUCAAACAUUAUUACUACACAGCCUUCAUUUCAAUAAGACUUCAAGAUAGGCUGUUUUGAUCAAAAAGAAAAUACAGUGCAUAGAAAUUCUACAUGGUUAAAACAUCUUUUUUCAAAUUUGAAUGCAUAGCAUUUGUAUGGAAUUGUGACAUAUUCAGAGUGAGAAAGUAGUGAAUAUGGCACAUGAAACAUUUAAAUAUCCUUUCUAUUAGUACUUUGAAUAUCUUUGGCAAGAAUAACAGCUUCCAAAUAUUUCCUGUAGCUAACCGGGUCUUUCUGUGCUUGCUUUUGGAAUUUUUCUUUAUUCUUCCAUGCAGAACUCUUUUAGUUGAUUAUUGUGUCUUCUCCCACACGCUUAUAGUGAAAUAAUUGAAUUUGAAAAGAAGCUAGAUAAUUGAGCAGGACAAACAUCUGUAAGUAUCUGCAAACUUGAAAGUGGGAACAUCUGUGAGAUCUCAACUUGGAAGUGCAUACAAAGGGACUUACAAAGAAUUAUUUUCAGCUUGAAGGUGCAGGGAAGAAUGAGGAAAAAAAUGCCAAGAUUUUGUAAUAGAAAGACUAUUAGCCGGCUACAGAAGUAUAUGGAAGGAGUUUUAAAAUAAGAUUUUGGUGGUUGCUGCAUUCUCUGUUAAUUUAUUUUGAAACUAGAAAAAAUAUUCAAAAUUAAUGGAAAGAUAUGUUUAACUUUAUUAUGUAGAGAUUGUAUUAGCUUCUGUUCAUAUAUGGAUUCAUUAAAACAUACUUUCUGAUUAGA